AUGUGGUCCAACUUCUUUGUACAGCAGGAUGAGGACGGUCGCAUUGGGGUGGCAGGAGCUGGACAAGCUGGAGGUUUGGGGGGAAUGAAAGGUGGAAGGGGCCAGAGGAGGACGCACAAGAUGAGUGACAGCCAGGAGGGGAAGAUCAAACUGGCCUUCUUUGUGUCCAUCAUCGGCGUGACCCUGACGGUGUUGGGCAUGGGGACAGAGUUUUGGGUGGAGCUGGCCCAACCAAAGAGUUUCAGCGGCAACCAGACCUGCCAGAUGGCCCAUUAUGGCCUGUGGAAGGGCUGCAUCCGCACCCUAUGGGUGGCCGACAUAGACCCAGAGAGAGAAAGCUGCGGCCCUGCUGAACUACCUGGAGAAUCCAACUGCACCUACUUCAAAUUCUUCACCUCUGGGGAGAAUGCAGUCAUAUUCAAGAAGACAACCAACAAAAAUCUGAAUAUUGCAUCGGCCGUCCUGGCCCUUCUGAGUCUGAGCAUGAUGGUGAUGGGCUCCAUCUGCAUCGCCAUGGCCCUCAGUAAAGGAGAGCAGUUCUUUCUCAAACCAGCCUCCUUCUGUUUCAUCCUCUCAGGUGUUCUGGUCCUUCUCUCUGUCCUAAUAUUCCACCAGUCGGUGCUGGCCUUGCUGUCCAGCGAUCACUCCAUACCUUUACACCAUGAGCUGUCCUGGUCUGUAGCCUGCGUGGGCUCAGCGGGGGCCCUUCUUAUUUUUGGAGGUCUCCUCUUCAUCAUCCUCUCCCUUCCUUUCAGCCCCUGGCAGAAAUGCUUGCCUCACAAGAACAGUGCCACCUAGCACUUAAAUGCUUAAUUAUGCACACAGUGUUCUUGAUGUCUUGUUUAAGAGAAAGCGGAGAGGUCUUUUUUUUUUUUUUUUUUUUCCUGAGAGUUGUGACAUUGUUGGCUCUUGGAAGUCAUAGGUCUUAAUAAAUGUCUGAAGAGAAGGCAGCGAUACAUUAGUUAUGCCUCCAGAACUUUUGUUUUAGCGUUUUUAGUAGAGAAUAGAUGAAGUAGCAACAGGGCCACUGCUGACUGUUAAUUUUUUUUGCUAUGUGUUAUGUUUACUUAAACCUGCGGUGUGGAGCUAAACAAAACAACCUGAUUAUUUUCCAGCAGCAUUUUCUCUGAGCAUGCCCACCGUCUAGACGUGAUUGCAUAUGAUUUCCUACUUACCAAAGAUGGUGGCUUCUAAGGUGAACUGGUCUAAUCUCUCAGCUGACCUUAUCUUCAGGACAGGGAGCUGUUUAAACACGGGCCAGAAGAGAUCAAAUAUCCAACGAGGACGAGGAACGCAUGACCCGACAUUACAGCUGUUCCAAUUAAACACCAGAACCAUUAACCCUAAACCAUGUAAACAGUUGACCCGAAAUAUUGUCCAGGUAAACACAACUACUGCUGGUUGACAUAAAAUGCAUUGCCAGUAAAGGAAGGAAACCAUUUUUACUACAUGCUUUUGAGACUCCACAUUUUAAAAGACAGAGAUAUAAAAGUCCCUGACUGCAGGUUUAAUGAAGAGUCACAAGUUAGACUACAUACAUCUAGUCUUUCUGAUAGCAUCAGGAAGGUAAAUAAACACUUUUAAAUGCACAGAUACUUUUAUAUUAUAUUACAUUUUUGUCGUCUGUUUAAUAUGGAAGCUCAUUUCUGCCAGGGAAAAAAAUAAAAACAUGAAAUGUUUGCAACAAGUCGUCCAAAUGAAACAGUGAACAAAUGUCCAUUUUGGAGACUUGUUGAAAUGCUGUUGAUGAAGCUCAACAACAUAAAAAAAAAUUCUGAAAACACGAGUCAAACGUUUGACUUAUGACUUCUCAUCAUGCAGAAAUGGGCAUCCAACGAUUCGAAUUCCAAAAGCAGUAUCACCACCAGAGUAGCAACGAAUACUAUAUCUUUGAUAAUGCUAAUAGUCAGUAUAGACUAUAUUCACAAGACAACCUUUUUCCUCUGACAUCACUCUCAUGGUGAGCUCAAGUGCUCAAAUAACAUUACACUGCUGUGUCCAAAGUCAUAUAAAUGUAGGAAAUCUUACACACAUUGUUACAACAUCACUGCUUCUUAAUGAUCAGCAACUGAAAAGAUGAUUAAUGAUGAAAAUCUGGAGGGACGUUGGACAUAAGGCAAGAUACAACCUCAUAUUUACCUGUUAGCUAACAUUAGCAUUCAACCACGUCCUAGUAACAUUAUCACCUGAUUGCUUUUCACUUCGAAGUUGAAAUUAUUGUGUUUCAGAUGUGCGUCAAUGUUUUAGAACUAAUUUACACCUUUUCUAUCGUAUCGUGUUAAUGUGAAUGAAACGAGUGAAUGAAGUCAAGUUGCUAAUGCUAACGUUAGCUAAAGGGUUGUCAAAAUAUGUUGUUUUACUUUGAAACGUGGCCCUGUAUUCCUCUGGAUUUUCAGCAUCUGUUGUGUUCUGACCUACUGCUCAUUAAAGGUGCAGUGGAAUGUUAAAAACCAUCAGGUACAAUACCUGUAAACGUGAGCUGCGCACCCUGAGCAGAACGUCGGAGGAAAAUGGCCGCCGUGUGAAUAUGGUCCUGUCUGCUACAUGCUGCCUUCUGAAUAGAGUCAAUAAGUAUCCUUAAUGUUGUAGCCUGUGAGGCUUUAGUUGUUAUUAUUUAUUAUUUACUUGUUUUACAACUAUUGAGCGAGGGCUGCCGCAGUUUACCAGAUGAAUGGAUGUUGAAUGAAACUGUGUGAAGCCUUUGAAAAUACCAUUUUAUAUAUCAGAGAAUUGUAUGGACUCACUUUAUAAGUUCAUUUGUACAUAAACUGAAUGAAUGUGUUUAUAUUUUAUGAAUGGUCAUUGUUCGUAGUGUAGUCUCAAAACACUUUUGUCUUUUGUCACAGGAUACUCACUUUAUCUCAUUACCAGGAAGUGCUCAUUUCUACUCACGUGUACAGUUCGUGGCACCAGUUUUGCUUACCA